UAGCCGCUACCAUUUACAAAUGGUUGCUAGGUGAAUGUGUCUGAGGGUUGGGCCUAGUAGCUUGUUAUUGUCAGCCCGGUGUCGGGAAGUGCUGUUUUCUGUUCUGUGUUAGGGUGACGCACUGAUUCUUCUAGGCACAACAGGUCCGGUAUAACCGGGUCUCGGCGAUAUGUUGCGAUGGUUUAUGGGCAGCCGAGAACCUCAGGGCGGUGCGGAGAAAUCCUUAGUACUAAAUAUUGGGGAGGAGCAGACGCAGAACCAUUAUACAGAACUCACAGCAUUAAAAGUCCAUUCUGAUAUUGUUCGAUUCCUUGUACAGAUUGAUGAUUGCAGGUUUGCAUCAGCGUGUGAUGAUGGUUCUGUUUAUAUAUGGGAUGUUAAGACAGGAGAGGUUCUGUUUGAACUACAAGGACAUAAACAAAAAAUCACUGCAGUCGUCGUAUUUAAAACAUCUGAACAUUUUGAAGAAAGAAUUGAUUUUAUCUUGACUGCUUCAGCUGACAAAACAGUCAUUGCCUGGAACUGUGAAACUGGACAACAAAUCCAAACAGCAACCGACUUUCAAUCUCCUGUGAAGACACUGACUGUCCUCCAGAGAUUGGAUGUAUGGUUAUCUGGUGGGGGUGAACUGCGCGUUUGGAAUCGGGAGUUCAAGCUCUUGUGUGAGACAGGCUACUUUAUGGAUAGAGGCAUCAGCGCAUUGAUUGAAUUGCCUAAGAAUUGUGUUGCUGCAGCAGUUGGAAAAGAUUUGAGUAUAUUUAAAUUAUCUGCUGCUUCUGGAGGAUUUGACAGAUGGGAUAUUACACAAAUUAAAUGCAUCUCCAGCCACCAGGAUAAUGUACGGGCAUUAAUAAGCGUCAAUGAUUUGACCUUUGUGAGUGGAUCUGACGCAGGGGAAUUGAUUGUCUGGGAUGCCAUAGACUGGACUAUUCAGUCUUAUGAACGCAGUUUUUUGGAUACGUCAUCACCACAAGAGGUUCCUCAGGAAAUAAAACUAAUGCAGAGACAAGAAGUUGUUUCAAUUCAGCACCUUGCUUCAGAUGGAGAGUACAUAUUUGCUGGUGUAGGAAAAGGUAUUUAUGUCUACAAACUAGAAACAAAGCGUAUUAUUACUGCCCAGAAGCGAGCACACGACUUGAACAUCGAGCACCUUGCAACACUUCCAAACCGACAGUUAGUUUCCUGUUCAGAAGAUGGCAGUGUUCGCAUUUGGGAAUUACGUUUAACACAGCACCUUCAUGCUGAGCCGGUUCAAACAGGUUUCUUCAGCAUAUGGGGAUUUGGAAAGUCAAACAAGCAAUCUAAUCAAACCAUUAAAAAGAAGCCUGAUAAUUGUAUAGUAGCAUCACUGGAUCUUAUUGGGGAUUUGAUUGGACAUUCUUCAACUGUUCAGAUGUUUCUGUACUGUAACAAUCAUGGACUAGUUACAUGUUCCGCUGACCACCUCAUCAUAUUAUGGAAAGAAGGAAAGAAAGAGUCCAGAUUGCGUAGCCAGAUGCUUUUUCACAAGUUAGAGGAAAAUUGGGAUCCCCAGUUAAGAUUCUCACUUAGCUAAGAGCUGUGUGUGUUACUAAAUGCUUUAUGUUGUAUAGUACUCGUUAAGUAAAAUGUAUUAAACAGUGUUGAGUUAAAAACAUGGACAUUGUACAGUGAAAAUGCAUUUUAUAUUUGUGUUUAAUAAUAUUUGUGUUUCAAGGAUUCAUUUAAAGGAACAGUCUAGUCCAAAAUAAACUUUCAUGAUUCAGAUAGAGAAUAUCAUUUUAAACAAUUUUCCAAUUUACUUUUAUCACCAAUUUUGCUUUGUUCUCUUGGUAUUCUUAGUUGAAAGCUAAACCUAGCAGGUUCAUAUGCUAAUUUCUAAGCCCUUGAAGGCCGCCUCUUCUCUCAGGGCAUUUUGACAGUUUUUCACCACUAGAGGGUGUUAGUUCAUGUGUGUCAUAUAGAUAACACUGUGCUCACGCAUGUGGAGUUCAAGUGAGCCAGCUCUAAUUGUUAGCCAGUUCUGUCAAACAAACUAAAAUAAGGGGGCAGUUUGCAGAGGCUUAGAUACAAGGUAAUCAUGGAGGUAAAAAGUGUAACUGUAUAACUGUGUUGGUUAUGCAAAACUAUGAGAUGGGUAAUAAAGGGAUUAUCUAUCUUUUUAAACAGUAAAAAUUCUGGUGUAGACUGUCCCUUUAAAUGUGACGCCGAAAGCAGUCAGAAUGUAGAAAAAAGCUGCCUGCAAAUAUUUGUUAUUGAAAUGAAUGAGGAUUGUGGCAGCACCAUUCAGCUAUUCUCUGCGACAGAUGUAUUAAUGUAUUAAGUGCCACACACAAAUAUCUGCAAAUCCAGAAUAAAUAACGAAUGCUGAAA